AUGGGGAACAUCCCCAGUAUCCCCGGCCACGACUGUCUCCUCAAGGCAGUCGGCCACAGCACAGACCUAGUAGCCUUUCGAGGCGAUCCAUUCUUCCAAUUCCAUGCUCUGCCACUCUACAACUUGAAUCUGCCCGUGGCUCCUGCCGUGAUCACGUACCCGAAAACGACGGACCAGGUCGCUGCGAUUGUGCGAUGCGCUGCGGAUCACAACUACGAGGUCCAAGCCUACAGUGGUGGUCACAGCUAUGGUAACUAUGGCCUGGGUGGAUCCGAUGGCGCGCUUGUGGUCGACCUGAAGCACUUCCAGCAGUUCUCCAUGAACAACGAUACCCAUGUCGCGACAAUUGGUGCCGGUACACUCCUCGGCGAUGUUCAGACGCGUCUUCACGAUGCAGGUGGUCGUGCAAUGGCCCAUGGAUCUUGUCCUCAGGUAGGCUCGGGUGGUCACUUCACCAUUGGCGGACUCGGCGCCAUGUCCCGGGAAUGGGGCACCGCCCUCGACCAUGUCCUGGCGGCGGAAGUUGUGCUGGCCAACGCGAGCAUUGUCUGGGCCUCGGACACGCAGAACCAAGAUGUCUUUUUCGCUAUCAAGGGUGCAGCCGCCAGUUUCGGGAUCGUCACCCAGUUCAAAGUUCGCACGCACCCCGAGCCCACCGAGGCCGUUCAGUAUGCAUUCACGUUCAACUUGGGUACCACCGCUGCCAAGGCCAGCCUCUUCAAGGACUGGCAGAGACUGAUAUCGCAAGAUAAUCUCACCCGCAAGUUCUCGAGCGAGCUCGUCCUCUUCGGAGGAGGCGUCCUGGUGUCUGGCACUUUCUUCGGAUCUCAAGACGAGUGGAACGCCUUCGAGCUGGAGAAACACUUCCCCAUCAGCAACUCAGGGAAUGUGGCGCAUCUGACAAACUGGUUAGGUAUGCUAAGCAGCGCAGCAGAGAAUCUCAUCUUACAGAUCGGAGGCGGCAUUCCGCAGUCCUUCUAUGCCAAGUCGAUGUCUUUCACACCCGACACGCUCAUCCCUGACGCCGGUGUGGAUGCUAUGUUUCGCUUCAUAGACACGACUGCCAAUGGAACCAUUGCGUGGUUCGUCAUCUUCGACCUGGAGGGUGGUGCGACGAAUGAUGUCCUGGUGAAUGCCACCGCGUAUGCCCAUCGUGAAACCAUAAUGUGGAUGCAGUCUUAUGCGAUCAACUUUUACCAGCCCAUUCCAGAGACAACGAAAAGCUUUCUCAAUGGUCUGAGCGACACCAUUUCUUCUGCUCGCCCCGGAACUUUCUUCGGGUCGUAUCCGGGGUAUGUGGAUCCAUACCUGGAAAACCCCCAGAACGCAUACUGGGGUACAAACCUAGACCGGCUGCAGCAGAUCAAGAUGGCUAUUGAUCCACACGAUAUCUUCCACAACCCGCAGAGUGUUCCGGUGGUUUCGAAGUAG